GCUGCCACCGGUGCGUGAGCCUCGGGAGCCCGUCCGUCCGUCCGUCUGUCCGUCCGUCCGUCCGCGCCUGGACGCGUGGGGUUGCGGGGCUGUGCUGGGAGGGACGUCGAGGCGGCGAUGAGACUCCCGCUGGCUUUCGCCGUGCUCCUCCUGGCCUCGGCGCGGGCGCUGGCCGAUGAGAUGGGAGCCCCCGACGACCUCAGCUACUGGGCAGACUGGGCUGACGGCGAGCAGGCAAAGGAGGAGCUGCCGCUGCCCCUGGAGCACUUCUUGCAGAGGAUGGCGCGGAGACCCCGGCCCCAGCAGUUCUUCGGCCUCAUGGGCAAGCGGGAUGCCGGAUACGGCCAGAUCUCUCACAAAAGGCAUAAAACAGACUCCUUCGUUGGACUGAUGGGCAAAAGAUCUUUAAAUUCUGGAUCCUCCGAACAGAGCAUAGCACAGAAUUACGAGCGGAGGCGUAAAUGAGACAUUCCCGUGCAUUAUUUAUUAAACUUCAUUUGUUCCAAUGGCCAACGCAGUGUAAUAUAAACUAACCACUGUAUGGAAUAAUUAUUUAUUUAACAAUAAUCGAUGGGAUUUUUUUUGUUGUUUUGAGUUAGACAUACAAUAAAAUGAAUAUUUUUCAUAUUGUGGCAGCGAUAUAUGUUGUGUAGGUGCGUUGCGGUUCUGGAAGGACAGCUCUUUCGAGACCAGCAACCUUGGUGAUGUCUCACAACAAAGCACAUCGUUUGAUAUGACCUGUAAAGUUACAUUCACUAAACAGAGAAAAGAUUCUUUUGUUCAUCAAAAGUGAGUCUAUAUCAGCUUGAAAACCAGUGCAGAACAGAGCUGAUGUACAGUCUAGUGCCUCAAUUUGUUUUCAUGGUUUAUAAUGUACUGUAAUUUCCGUAUCAAAAAAUAUAUUUGUAUCAUUGCAGCAUGUUUUAUGUUUUGUGACUACGUAUCUAUAUAUU